AUGGAGUUGCCCGUUGCCUUCCCCUGGACUCGCGUUCUCAUUGUUUGGACUUUUCUCUUCUAUCUCCUGGGCUCAGCCAGCCCGAUCCAGAAUAUCGACGAUCCCUCAAAGGGAAGCGUUCCCCAGUCAAACGAGGCUGCCCAUAUCAACGCUCGGGCAGACAUCCCCGAAGUCCCUGGCGUGGAUGAGCUCAAGGACAAAGUCAUUGAAUACGGCGUAGCGACGUCGAAGCCCGACUGGUUCUACACCAAGUACCCACUGGUCACCAACGUGGCCCAGCAAUGGAUUUCCGAGAAUGCCUACGCCGACGAGCCCAUCGGCGCCUCUAAUAAGGACGAGUGGCAGUAUGCUAUGUGGGGGCGCAUCAUUGACCCCAUCUGGGCCACCGACAAGAAGGAUGCGUUGAAAUACGGCAUGGACGAUGCCGGGUUCAAGCAGAGCCGGAGGGACCUAUACGGCGACAUGUUCAUGAAGCAGCUUUCUCAGGCCUUCGCGGAGGCGUCACAGGGAGAGGUGUUCUUGCUUAUCUCGGAUGACGCAUUCCCUGACGAUAAAUGGGAUACGGAUGGCGCGUGGGGAGGGUGGGAGUAUCCGGCACUGACGCGAAACCCCAAGGUUGACAAGAUCGUCCGUGUCAGCUACCAAAGCCCAUGCGUAAAACGCACCCUUUGGACUAAAGGUGACGGCCCGUCCAAGCAAGAGCCCAGGGGCCGGAGAGGCCCGACCAAACCUAAGAAGCACCGUUUGUUCUAG